GCCUUCCUCCUCUGCGAGACGUCCGAUGCAUUUCCGAGAGCCCUGGGUUCAGCCAUCGUCCCUCAGCAUAGGAGGGACGGAAAUGGGUACACAGACCCAAAUACGAAUGGAGGUUCAAUGCUCACGAUAGCGAACGAUACGACACCGCCCGGACUGGGAGAGCCUCUGAAUUUAAUCUUAUCUGCAGAUUCAGAUGCUGCAGUUCUCGUUCACUCAGCAAGCAAUGGCGGUUUCCUCAACUACAUGUUAUCUACCAAUCUAGGGGAAGAAUGUCUAGGUCAACAUCUUGGAGCCUAUCAAUUGGCGAAUCUUGGAGAUGGGAAAGGAGAUGUUCCCCAAGUUCAGGAACUUCGGUGGAAUUUCGGCAAUCCCUACGUUGGGACGUGCCAAGAAACCCUCGAUGGUGGACUACAUCUCCGAUAUUGGAUACAGAACAAUACUGGCGCGUAUUUCCUCGCCAGCAGUAUAGAAAAACCAGCUUCAGAAUACCAUGAUAUCCCUCCUGACGGGUAUAACAUUGGCCGGGACGAGAUUGUCGGAAAUCUCACGGGAACCUACAUCCCUCCUCGUACAGUAUCAAGUUCAUCGACCUUCCAGGGAACUACAUCGUACGCCAAUUAUACGUAUCAGACUUCUGUGCAGUAUGUUUCCGGGUUGCUGCAGAAUUCAAGUAGUGCGUUGCGCGUUUCUCACCACCCCCCGAAGAGACAUCUUAUGCUGACCACUCACGCAGUCGGCGUCAACCAUAACCAGACAGUUGCCGUCAACGGGUACCCCGCCAUCGACGGUCUCGUCGCCGUUUUGACUGUGAAGGUCACCUCCAGCCCAAAGGCCACUACGACUGGCCGUGCGCCUCUUAGCAAGGAGUCCUCAGUCGGAUUUUUGGGCUCCGCCUUAGCCAUCGUCCUUCUCUCCGUUUUCUUACUGGUCUAAAUCAUUCAUCGCAUCUCUUUCGUUUUUGGUAAUUGUCGAUCAUAUCUGUACCUGCACAUCUUGUACCAGUAUCAUUACAACAUUAGACAUAGAUGAAAGAUCCCGCCUUGAUCGUUUGUCUGUAUGCAGUGUCUCACAAAC